AUGGCUGAUUGUGAAAAGGAGAGAAUCGCGCUAUUUAUUGAGAAAUUCACAGAUGAAGACUUAAUUAACAAUUGGAGGAAAUUCAGGAAUUUGAUCGAUGCAGCAAGUGGUGGAGCUUUGGUUAAUAAAACUUUAACAGAAGCAAAGAGAUUGAUCUCAACAAUUGCUGCCAAUACUCAACAAUUUGGCAUUAGACAAGAUGCAACGGUGAGAAAGGUUAAUGAGGAGACAAAGGCUAGCAUUCAUAAUCUAGAAAAUCAAGUCAGCCAAUUAGCUACUGUUGUAGGAAGAUUGGAAACUCAGAAUUCUGGUAGAUUGCCAUCUCAGAUUGUGGUGAAUCCAGAGCAAGAUGCAAAUUUUACUAAGAAUAUCAAUGCAAUCACCCUGCGGAGUGGUAAAGAAUUGAAGGAUCCUGAAAAAAAGAUUCCAAAAUAUGCAAAAGAAAAGGAGAUCGAAUGCGAAAUUGAGCCAAAAGAAGCCCAAAAAUUGUCACCUCCUGCAGAGAAGUACAUGCCACCUUCUGUGGUCACUCCACCUCCUUUCCCGAGCCGACUUGCAAAGAACAAAAAAGAACAACAAGAACAAGAGAUCCUUGAAGUCUUUUGCAAGGUUGAGGUAAAUAUUCCCCUUUUAGAUGCUAUUAAACAAGUUCCUAGAUAUGCUAAAUUCCUUAAGGAAUUAUGCACGUCAAAAAGAAAACUAAAAGGAGAUGAAAAAGUGCAUAAAGCUAUGAUAGAUCUAGAAGCAUCUAUUAAUGUCAUGCCUAGCUCAAUUUAUCAUUCUUUAAAUGUAGGACCUUUAAAACCCACCGGUGUAAUAAUCCAAUUAGCUAAUAGGUCCAAUGCAUAUCCCGAAGGGGUGUUAGAAGAUGUUCUUGUUCAAGUUAAUGAAUUGAUUUUUCCUGCUGACUUUUAUGUGUUUGACAUGGAAGAUGAUAACUCAUCUAAAUUAGUCCCAAUUUUGCUAGGAAGACCUUUUCUUAAGACAUCUAGAACAAAAAUCGAUAUUUUGGAAGGUACUUUAACUAUGGAAUUUGAUGGUGAAGUAAUUAGAUUCAAUAUUUAUGAAGCCAUGAGAUUCCCUAGUGAUGUCAAUUCAGUUUUUGUUGUUGAUGUAAUCGAUUCCCUAGCUCAACAAAUUUUUGAGUUACAGGAUUCUGAUAAUUUGAAGGUUGUCCUUAAUAAAGGACUUAACACAAGAACAUUACAGAGAAUUCAGUAG